AAAAAAAAGGAAAACAAACCGGGUUUCAUGGACGCAUCAUGAGAAGACUACAACUACUAACAAGGGAGGACCUGGCAUGGACCGCUGUGUCUAAAUGAAGUGGUUCAGCCAUGCAAUGUUCCUGGAAGGCAGUGAUUCUGCUGGCCUUGGCCUCCAUUGCCAUCCAGUACACGGCCAUCCGGACACUCACCUCCAAGCCUUUCCAGCUGUGCCCGCUGCCCAGCCCCCAGAACUGUGGCCUGGGAGGCCAGGAGACAGAACCGCCCUUUGAGCGUGGAACGGCAGGCGGCGGCGGCGGCGGCUGCGAUGACUAUCCGUACUUUUCCAUCAACGCCACGCGUAAAACGCAUAUCCUGGUCCUGGCCACCACGCGCAGCGGCUCCUCCUUCGUGGGGCAGCUGCUGAACCAGCACCAGGAGGUCUUCUACCUGUUCGAGCCGCUGUACCAUGUCCAGACCACGCUGAUUCCGCGGCUGUCGCACAGUCGCAAUGCCGCGGAUCGGCGGGUGAUGCUGGGCGCGAGUCGAGACCUCCUGCGCAGCCUGUACGGCUGCGACCUCUACUUUCUAGAGAGCUACAUAAAGCCGACCCCCGCGAACCACACCACGGACAAACUGUUCCGCCGCGGCGCCAGCCGAGCGCUGUGCCAGCAGCCGGUGUGCGAUGCCUUCAGCCCCGCCGAUGUCAAUGUGGAGGAGGGGGACUGCGUGAAGAAAUGUGCCACUCUGAACAUGACCUUAGCGACGGAGGCCUGCCGUGAGAAGCGGCACGUGGCAAUCAAAAUCGUCCGGGUGCCGGAGAUUGGAGAUUUACGCGCUCUGGUCGAAGACCCCCGGCUGAAUAUCAAAGUGAUUCAACUCGUCAGAGACCCGCGUGGCAUCUUGUCGUCGCGGAUUGAGACGUUCAGGGAUACAUAUCGUCUGUGGCGUAUUUGGAGGGCCACAGGGAGAAGGCCCUAUAAUCUAGACUUGAGUCAGCUUACAGUUGUCUGUGAAGACUUCCUCAGUUCUGUUUCGACCGGUCUUAGCCAUCCCUAUUGGCUUAAAGGGAAGUACAUGUUGGUUCGAUACGAGGAUUUGGCCAGAAAUCCGCUUCUAAAGACAAAGGAGAUCUAUGACUAUCUGGGGCUGCCUAUGGAUAAAAACGUGGAAGACUGGAUACAUGCAAACACUCGAGGCAGCAAUGAGCCCUCAGCCAAACACAAGUUUGGUACAGUGAGGGAUUCGGCGGCCAAUGCAGAGAGUUGGCGUUUGAAACUGUCUUAUGAUAUGGUAGAAUACACUCAGACUGUGUGUCAAAAAGUACUUCACCAGCUGGGAUACAAGGCUGUGAAAUCAGUAGAGGAACUGAAGAAUAUGUCCCUCUCACUGGUACAGGACAAAACUUUUGUACCUUUUUUGUAACAAAGAUAGUUCUCUAAUGACUAUUUUUGAUAUAUUUAUAAUUAUUGCCUUAUAAGUUCCUUAGUUUGUCUUAUUUCUGUCAUUUUGUUUCUUCAAAUUUGCACUAAAAGAUUUUGAAUGCACCAAGGGAACUCCGGAUUAUUCCCCAACGUUACAGAACAGCACAUUUUCAACACAAAGUAAUCAAACAAGCUAGUUUACAAGUAUCUCAUGAUUUAGUUUUUCCAUGAAGCGAGCCGAUACAAGGCGCUGUCUCGAUUCAUUUCCUGUACGCAAAGAUGUUGUUUCCACCAAAUUAAAAUGUUGCCCUUAAAAAACACGAGAAUUUGGAAGGGAUUCAGUGGAGCCAACAUGUUUCUGUUAGACCUGUGAUGGCUUAUUUUGACUACUGUGCAAUAAAUAGUGAAUGUCGCAGUCAACCUUUACACCACUAUGGCAUUUCUAUCCAUGUGGGAAGAAGGGAGGAGAAACUUCUGACAGAUGCAACGCUCGCUGAGGAUAAUUGCAAACAAUUAAUAGGCUCUCAAGUUAAAGGGACAGAAUCCCAUUGGAGGUCAGGAGGAUUUACAGCCAUCUGGAAUAGACAAACACAGUAAUGAGAGGUAAUGCUGGAAUCCGCACGUCUGCAGAAAGCUGUGGAAAACAUCAU